UCGAGUGUUUACAUCACACGUGUUUGAAUAUUGGAAACGAGAUUUUAAUUGUUAAGUAAGUGUUUGAUCAAUAGUUUGAUUUUAACUUUUUCAUUUUUAUUGGUCGAGCUUCUUUGAUUCUAAGUCCUUUGGACUGUAUUGAGCACAAAGUGUAUUCUAAGUGUUUUCUCAAAGUGUAUAUAUAUAAAAGUGAACACUUGAUUGCGUAAUUGUUAUACAAAGUAUACCAUCACCCAUACAUAGAGCUUAUUGGAUAGAGUGUAACAGGAUUCGCCCUAUGUGUCUGUCUAGCCGUACACAUGUUCGUGUCUGAUCCAUAUCUCCCGUCAUGAAUAAAUGAUUUUUUAAAUUUUACAGAAAUGUUAACCACAUCCAAGAUUAUGUGUUGCAGGUCAAAGUUCAAUGUCACAAAGCUUAAUUGUCAUAUAUUCUACUAAUACAGCUAGUGACUUCAUAUUUGGCAUGUAGGUGUACCUGAUGGAGCCACCAAUUUUCAGUGGUAACAUUUGAAGGUCAAGGUCAUCCUUCAAUGUCAAAGGUCAACUUUUGAAUUAUUGCAGAUACAGAAUUGAUACUUGACAUGCAUGUGUAUCUCAUUAAGUUGCAAAUAUUCAUUUGUAACAUAACACAGUCAAGGUCAUCCUUCAAGGUCAGAUGUCAAAUUUAUUUGUGACAAGACCCUUUGGGCGCAUUGGUGUUUCAACUACACACUUUUAUUUACCAUCGCAAGGGUUACAAUUUGACAGGGUAAUAACAAACGUUUUUUUUUGUGUGCAAAUUUAAUGCCCCUUUACAGGCAGACAAAUGUUGGCAUACAUAAAAGAUGAUGAUUGAAAAUAAGCAAUCAAAAACUUCUUUAUGCCACAUCAAAGAUGUCGAUGUUAUUUCUCCUUGCAGGACAGCGUUGCCACUACAGUAAUGGUGAAUGACAAAGAGGUGAAUGUGCGGACCAUUACGGUGGAGGACCGUACUGGGAAGGUGAAAGUCAGCCUGUGGCGCAACAUUGCAGCAGAGCCUGUGGUGUUGGGGGAUGUUGUUGCCAUCACCAAUAUUGUUGUCAACAGCAAGAGAUAUAACAAUGAGGAAUCCCUGUGGUCAACACAAUUUACAAAGAUAGAGGUUACUGACAUGCCAAACACCGAGAUGACGGCCACCAUUCUAGGACUUGACCUGGGUGAUGUGGAAUCCCAGUUACUCACAGAACAGGAUGGAAUCUUCAAUGUAUCAAACGAAGUGCUAGUUGCAGCCUUUCAGUGUCAGUUGGAAGACAUUACAGCCAAACUACCAAAAACACUGAAUUUCAUAGCCAAAGGACAGUCUGUGGUCACCUUUAAUGAGUGAAAAAUCAUGUUCAAAGUUUAUAGUUUAGAGAUGUUUACUUUUCAUACACUGGAGCAUGACAGUCUGUGGUCACCUUUAAUGAGUGAAAAAUCAUGUUCAUAGUUUAUAGUUUAGAGAUGUUUACUUUUCAUACACUGGAGCAUUCAUAGUGUUGCCUGUUAUAUCAUUCCAUCACCAAGAAUUACCAAACUUGCUAGCUCUUGACCUGGGUGGUGUGGAAUCAAGCUUAGUCACAGAACAGGAUGGAAUCUUCACUAAAUCGAACGAGGAUCUAGUUAUCACCUAGGAUUACCAAACUUAGUGUGAGGAUGCAUAUAUUGAAUGCAGCGUUCCACUUUCAUCAGUUUCAUGUCCUUCUGACGUUGACCUUUACAUUUGAUCUUCAUUAUUUAGAGUAAUAUUCUUGAUGAAAAUUCACUUUAAAACACACAAAAAUCUAUCUUUGUCUGUUAGAGGACAUUACCUAUCUGUCAUUGAUGUGACAGAUUGAUGCAUUAUUUGAUGUGAAAGUGGCGUAUUUUACCUAUUAUAAAAGUCAUUUGAAUUCAAUUUGAGAAUUUUAUUUCUCAUAGUUCCUGCCCACAACUGUCAAUCAUUAUGUGAACCACCAGCCGCGUUUCACAAUUUUACUUUAAAGGUACCAGUAUGAAACAAGAGCAGCAAUGUGCCAAUCAACCUCUUGUGUACUUUUUAAUUGGCCAAUUGUAAAGCACGCAACGGUUCGUAAACUAAUUUACAAUCUGGGGUGGGAAUCAUGAGGCAUUAAAAUCCUCACACUUUAUUCAUUUUGGUGUAAUUAGGGACCCCCACACAUCAAUGUGGGAGCCCUAUAGUAAUCACCCUGUUUGUCUGUCCGUCCAUUCGUUUUUUGUUUUUCUUCCAUAACUUCAGUAUUUCUUAACACAUUAUCCCCUAUGCUAUAUUUAGAUUCCGACGUCAUUUUUAUAUUUUUAGCUAACCAAAAAUAAUCUUGAAGGCUUGAAGUAUCGGUUUAUCUCAAUGGUUUUAAAGGCAUUAUGGGAUAUAGAGCAUUUGCUCCUAAGGAGCAAAUGCUCUAUUUCUCACAAUUUCUUCAAACAUCAGCCACAAUAAUUGUGCAAUAAUGUGUCUCUAGGAGAUAAUGAGUUAAUGGAAUUUGAUAAAACUUCAUACAAUAGUAAAGCUCAAUGGGAAGAAAUGCAGUGUACAAAACCAUAGCUCUAAUUUACCUAAUUAUGGAGUUAUUGACCUUUGUUACUUUGUCUAGUCCGGAACAUAACUUGAAAACUAGUGUAUGGAAUUUUAUAAAACAUCAUACAAUGGUAAAGUUCAAUGAUAGGAAGUGCAGUAAUUUGCUUAAUUACAGAGUUAUUGCCCUUUGUUACUUUUUCUUGUCCAGAGCAAAACUUGGAAACUACUGGAUGGAAUUUCAUAAUACUUCAUACAAUGUUAAAACUCAAUGAGAUGAAGUGCAGUGUACAAGAACCAUAACUCUUAAUUUGCUAAUUAUGGAGCUAUUGUCCUUUGGUACUUUUACUUGUCUGGAGCAUAACUUGAAAACUACUGGAUGGAAUUUCAUAUUUACUUCAUACAAUGGUAGAGCUCCCUUGGUCAGAGUUCUAGUUCAAUUACAUAUUGUAGGAAAAAAUCUACCUCUUUUACUAAAAAUGAUUUCAUCUAUAACGUUUUUGGUCAUUACUUUUACCAGACGAUAUAGGUUUUUUUUCGUGUUUGAAAGAUUGAAUAUUCAUCAGCAGAAUUACUUUUAAAUCUUUGUCAGCGCAUAUCUCCUAUACUAUAUGGCCUACGAUCACCAAACUUGGCUUGUGGUUGCAUUUUUGGAUUGUGAAGUGUCAUGUAUCACUAUCAUUCUGACCUUGACGUUCACAUUCUACCUUGAUUUUCACACACCAAUUGAGUGGAGGCGUCCAUGUACCAUAUAUGCAUGUCUACUAGUAGUUAAGUUUUAAAUAUACUUUAGUUAAAUACAAGGAGUACAGGAAUACUCGCAUUUUAUUAUACCAGGCUUUAAAAAUUGAAUUUGCUUUUGCCAAAUUCCAGCUACAGCUGUCUGCAUUCUUUUUACAUGCUCUUGGUGACACCUUCCCUAAUUGACCACUACCUAUCUAAGACAGGUAGUUGUAUUAAAGAGUUGUUUUGCUGAAUACACUCAACAAAACUCCUAAUCGGUCACCUAGGUAAUCUUCUAAUAUUCCCUUCCCUGUACAAUAAGCUUAAUUACAAAUUAGAUUUAUGAAAAGACCAUUAUCUCGUACACAUGCUGUGAAAACUUGGUUCACGUACUACGCUUCAUCAAAAAGAUACAGUGUCUCAAAUGACAACACUAUCAAUAAUAAAAGUCACAAAAUCUAACAUAGCGUAAAAAGGAAGAAAAAUAAAAAUACCACCCUUUGUCACUUUAAAAUGAUAUUACAUGACAUGUGAGACUGAUACACAGUCACCAAUGGCUUAAUAAGUUAAAAAAAAUGUUCAACUUUAACAUUACCUUCUAUGUGAAACAGAGACUGUGUCAAAAGAUUUUAAAAAUACAAAAUCAAUGAAAAAUGUGAUUCCCUAUGGAAUUUGCAUUGUAAUUUCUUUUCCUUGUGACUUUUGGAUUAGGAGUAAUCACAUAUGAACUGUGUUUUCUCUGCCGUUUAAGCUUCGAUUUAGUUGAAAUUUUCUAAGAAUAUUGCCACGAGAUGGGAAAAAUAGAAUACUGAACUGUAUAUUGUUGACACUUUAUGCAUUUUUCAGGAAAGUUACUUUACUAAGUGACCGAUUAGGAGUUUUGCCAAGUUUACAUCAGCUGAGACAAUUACUAAUUUUUCAGACAGGACAGAAAUAUAGUUUUAAAAAAAAUCCAGUUUAAGAAGUGAUCGGUUAGAACUUUGACUGAGUGUAUGUCAUUUCACAUAUCUUACAAACUAUUGAUAUGUCAUUUGCUUAUUAUGUUGCCUAUGAUUUCUUUCUAUGUUAUGACUAAACUUUUACUAUACUG